AUGGCAGCUAAGACUAAGGCUCAGGAUAUCAUCGACAACAAUGCUGUCGCUGUCUUCUCCAAAUCAUAUUGCCCCUACUGCAAAUCCAGCAAGCAGCUAUUGAGCGAGAUGGGGGUCAAGCCAUAUAUCAUUGAGCUUGACGAGGUUGAUGACGGUUCCGCGAUCCAAGACGCACUGGAGGAGAUGACACACCAGCGAUCAGUGCCAAACAUCUUCAUCAACAAGAAGCACAUUGGAGGUAACUCGGACUUGCAAGGAAAGAAGAAGCAGCUGCCUGAGCUACUUAAGGCUGCAGGUGCAAUCUAG